GGCAAAAGGCGUCGGAGCCAGCCACGGCCAGCCUCAGGAAUGGGAUUCCAGACUGGCCGAUCCGGCAGACCGCCCCGCCGCAACGGUCGUGCAUGUGCGCGGGCCCCGCCGCCGCCGCGUCGCGCCAUGGCAGCCCCAGCGAGGUCCAGCGGUUUUAGAGAGAGAAACCAAACAAGAGAGAGCGAGCGAGCGAGCGAGCGAGGGGGAGGGCCGUUUUAUAAGGGGGGAGUGAGGAGCGGAUGCACAUGCGUACAAGCAGGGAGAUAGGCGCGGCGUAUCCCCCGGCCACGGCCACGGCCACAGAGAUUUCUCUUGCUCCUUGUUCCUCUCCUCUCCUCUCCUCCCUCCCCGAAUCACGCGCGGUCCCAUCCAUCACCAGCCGCCAUGGCAAGAGCCACUCCGUUCGGUCUCGCCGUCGUGGCGGCGCUCGUCUUCGCCGUCGCCAUGCCGGCCCUCGCCGCCGCGCAGGCCCCCGCGCCGGCGCCCACCAGCGACGGCACGUCGAUUGACCAGGGCAUCGCGUACCUGCUGAUGAUCGUCGCCCUCGUGCUCACCUACCUCAUCCACCCCCUCGACGCAUCCUCCGCGUACAAGCUCUUCUGAGAGCAGAGCAGAAAUUUUUCCUUCCUUCUCCUGAUAGGGUAGUGGAUUAUUUGAGUGAGGAGGCAUCAUUGGUGGUCGGUCCGGUCCGUAUUCAUUCGUGACUUGUUCUAUUGGCUUCUGCAUGUGUAUAACAUUACUGCUACCUUCAUGUACUGCAUUUCAGAGAAUUUUUCCGAGUUCUGUUUGCGCGCAUGCAUCUGACCAUCAGCAGCAGCGUGUAUGA